GUAGUAGUAGUAGUAAAAAUUAAGCUUAAAACAAAGUUAUUACGGAAAAAAAGAGAGGACCAAGCAAGCAAGCCUGCCUUAUCAACAGGACAUUGAAUAAUUAACUAAGAUUGAACCAAACAGCUCCCCUCAGAGAUAAAUAAACUUUUGUUUCCUUUUAGUAUUAUUUUGUUAGGUGUUGUAUACUUUCGAGGCAAAAGGCCGUGGCACAAAUAUCGGUAACCCAAAUUCAAAGUAUUUGUAGAGUAAAAUGAGUGCCUUGGAUGCAGCCAGAGCAGAGCUUGCCCUUGCAGUCUUGUACUUAAACAAAGCAGAAGCAAGGGACAAGAUAUGCAGGGCAAUACAGUAUGGUUCAAAAUUCCUGAGUAAUGGAGAGCCUGGCACUGCUCAAAAUGUUGACAAAUCAACUAGCUUAGCAAGGAAAGUAUUCCGUCUUUUCAAGUUUAUCAAUGAUCUCCAUGGACUUAUUAGUCCACCUGCCCCAGGAACCCCAAUUCCGCUCAUCUUGCUGGGAAAGUCAAAAAAUGCAUUGCUAUCAACUUUCUUGUUUCUGGAUCAAUUUGUGUGGCUUGGAAGGACAGGGAUUUACAAGAACAAAGAACGCACAGAGUUACUUGGCAGGAUCUCUCUCUUUUGUUGGAUGGGUUCCUCGAUCUGUACUACCUUAGUGGAGAUUGGGGAGCUCGGGAGACUUUCAGCAUCAAUGAAAAAGCUGGAGAAGGAACUCAAGAAUAGCAACAAAUACAAGGAUGAGCAAUACCAGAGUAAGCUUCAGAAGUCAAAUGAGAGGUCUCUAGCCCUUAUUAAAGCAGGCAUUGAUAUAGUAGUUGCUGUCGGAUUGCUCCAAUUGGCACCUAAGAAAGUCACUCCUCGCGUAACAGGAGCCUUUGGAUUUGUUAGCUCCUUGAUAUCAUGUUAUCAGUUGCUCCCAGCACCGCCAAAGGCCAAGACAUCGUGAAAGGCUCUGAUGCCGUUGAUGAAUUCCCAAGAUCAUCACUAGAAUAAUUAUUUAUGAUAUGCAUACUGCUUGUGAGGUCUCUGCAGUUUGUCUACAUGUUACAGUAUUUUAGCUUUGUUUACUGCAUCUUUCAUUUUGGUACAGAACUUUAAUAAUGACAUGUCUUAGAUGUACUGCAUUUGAUGGUAUGGCAUUUCAAGGCCAGCUAUUGUACUGCAAGAAGAUUUCUAGAUCAAUGUCAACAGUAAAUCCAAGUGUCUUUAGUGGUAAGGACUAGGAGUGAGGAGCUAUCAUAUAGUGCACUAGAUUUGUAUUUAGACACAGGAUACAAGAGGCUGAAUGCCACUUUCUUUCCAAGUUAAAUUUGUAUUACAAAUAAGAAAAAUAUCUCCUGAGGCAA